ACCUCCUGCUGUGCGCUGUGGCCGCUGAACCAACAGUCUCUCCGCGGGCAGUGUCGGCUGCAGUCCACGCCUCAGUCCGGACACUUGUUCGUCCCACUUUCAAUUUUUAUUUUUAUUUUUUAAACGUGUCGAACUGUCUCACGUGUGUAGAGGACAAAUGUGAGAAAUGACCUGGAAGAAAAGGCAAGUGAACACGAAUUAAGUUUUCCUCCUGCCUCCGUCCAACCUGCGUCGGUUUAAACAGAAGGACUUGUGCGUCCGACCCACGUUCGGCUACUUUUCCAUUUGUCACCGGGUCCAGUUCGUGUGGGCCAGCGGGGCACAGCUCGACCUGAAGGCUCUGAGCAUCACAAAGCUUGACGAGACAAGAAGAAGAGACCCAAGCUGCAGUUACCAAUGGAGCUCAGACUGAGUGUGAGUCUGAGGGCUGUGUUCUUCUUGAUCAUCCUCCUCUCCUCAGGUUCAAGUGAAAAUGACGUGGACACGAACUUCUGUGGCACCUGGCGCCAUGGCAAUCGCUCCCUGAGCCUCAUUGUCAACCUGUCCACAGGCUGUAAAAGGAUUUCAGUCUCAGCCAAUGAGAGCUCUCUGUCCAUUGAUGGACAGAUCACAGCCAAAUGCAGACGGUCUGAAGUAAUUCCCCUCAAGCAGUUUGGACUUGAUCCAUCAGAAGAUAGUAACUUCUGUCUGUACUGGGAGCCGUUGCUGGACCAGUUGAAGCUGGAGGUCAAAGGAAAGAACCUCACUCUGUGCUGGCCUGCCAGCCUACAGGGCUCCUGCUGCACGGAUCUGUCUAAUGAUGCAAACAAGAACACAGCACGCUAUGGCAUCAGCAAUGGAAAUGUCAAAAAUGAUUUGCUCAGCAUUGAUACACUGACAGGCUACAGUUUCACGGGACGCUCCAUCAACUGCAAAGCGUUAUGUGAUCAAGUGAACCAGGGAUUCACCAAAGUCAAAAUGUCCCAAGAUGUCAUUACUGUUGAGCAUCCCUGUGCUCGCGGCUUCGAGGUGGAGAUGAAAGAGGAUUUUGAAGGCUUCAGCGUGACAUCAAAUAUCACUCAAGGUGUUUCUGCAGAGCCCACAAUCACAGUCCAGAUCCCCCCUGUUCUAAAAAGACCAAAAAAGACCAGCAAAGUAGUCUGCACUUUCUUCAAAAAUGACUCACUGUUCCAGGAUGGUCACAAGAAGGGCAGGAUUCUUGACGACGUUGUGGAAAUUACUGUGGAGAACGAGGUCAUCUCUGAGAUGUCUCAGCCAGUUAAGAUUGUUUUCAACCAUGAUGUCCUCCUACCUAAAAGGCAUUCAAGGAAAUGUGUUUCAUGGGACACCAGGAAAGAUCCAUCACAGGUCAAUUGGUUGGUGGAUGGAUGUGAGACACAUCAUAAUGGUGCAAAACAGACAGAGUGCCACUGUAACCACCUGACUUACUUCUCUAUUCUAGUGCAACUGGAGCCUCGGCCAGUCUGCCACCUUGUGGCACUGACCACCAUUACAUAUCUCGGCUGUGCCGUGUCUGUCUUCAGCUGUGUCGCUCUCAUCAUUUAUCUCUUGAGGAAGAGACGAUCUAAGGAGCAGUCCAUACCUAUCCACCUGGGCUUAGCUGUCUCUCUUAUCUUCCUCAAUGGGCUCUUCUUCCUUACUGGGGUUCUGGCCAAUGUGGGAGGGGAGAGUGUGUGUUCCUGGGUGGGAGCAGGCCUGCACUACGCUCUGCUCAGUUCCUUUGCCUGGAUGGGUAUAGAAGUUUUCCACACCUUCUGGUUAGUCUACAAGGUUUUCAGCCCCUCCCCAAAGGCCUGUGUGUGGAACCUGGUCGGCUUCGUUCUUCCUGCUGUUCCUGUAAUCGUCCUGGUUACAGUAGGUGACAUUUAUGGAGAGAGGAAGGUGCUGCCAUGUGAGGAACCGUCCGACCCUUAUCGGAUGUGCUGGAUGAAAGACACCCCCAAGGCCUUGCUGGCCCACUAUUUCACCAACAUGACAACCCUGGUGGUCCUGGUGAGCUCGGGCAUUGUGAUGCUCCUCCUUGUCUACAGACAGAUCCGCACCAGGGAUGAAUGGAGGCAGAACCGUGUGGCUUUUCUCAGCAUCUGGGGUCUCAGCUGUCUCUUUGGGACAACUUGGGGUCUGACCUUCCUAGACUAUGGACCUCUCUCUGAUUUCGUUCUUUUCCUGUUCUGCAUCCUCAACUCUUUUCAAGGCUUCUUUUUGAUGCUGCGGUUCUUCAUGCUGGACUGGAUGAGAAAACAGGCUGGUGGUUCUGCUUUUGGCAGCACCAGCACAGGAUCUACCAGACAACACAUGCUACAGGCCCAGGAGAAGAGUUAGAGGGACUUAAAUUUGUGACAGAUGGUCAAAGCAGUGGUCAAGCUUACAUGUAAAAACACAGUCAUCUCAUCAGUGUGCGUGAUUAAAUGUAGAUUGAUCAAUGUUCCCCCACUGACUAUGACACUGUAGAUUCAGUGUCCUCAGUUGAAAUUCUUCCAUCAGCUGUGGUAACUGCUGGCAACAACGACAAAUUACAAUUGAAGAGUAACUCCAAAAAAUGUGUGACUGAGCUCUCCACAUCUUACACCGUCACUCUACUGCUGACAGACCAGCUGGGUUGUAAACACAGGCACGCUAAGUGAAAUUAUCACUGUUUUAAAAACUGACCUUAAGUCAGUUAUUUUUUGGUCCUGGUCAGACCCAGUACCUGCUUCGCUGAUUGCAAACUGUGUUCAAUAAGCUUUAGAGUUCCCAGAUUUUGGUCAGAUGCAUUUUGCAAUAAAGCAUUUGUGUUUAAUUAGAACUACAGAAGGCAGUUGUGGGUACAAAUCAUAUGACUGGAGAUUAAGUUGUUCUAAGUAUCACCUGACUCCAUCCACUUUGCAGUCAAACAGGUUGGAUUUUCUUCUCCAGGACAGUGGAGAAGAAAUGACACCUUCACUCAGGAACUCAAAAUACAGGCCUGGAGCCUAGUUUUUUUUUCAGAAUAUCUAGACUGGGUCUAGUUAAAGAAGGGAUUUAAUUUUUGUUUAAGUUUUAAAUUGUAAAGUGGAGAUAAAGUUAAGCUUUAUUUCAAAACAUGGGGAAGUCUACUGUGACAAUUGCAGUCUGCUGUACUGUGAUUUCCAUUGUAUUGUCUGUACAGAAGAACUAUAUCAUUCUUAACAUAAUUGAAGCUCUCCUUGAACCUUAGAUAAGCUUUGUAUUUGUAAUUUUGUACUGUCUUAGCAUUUUUUCAGCUGAGUUUAAGUUUAAAUGGUAAACUAUGCAGGAUUUUCCUUACAAACAAUGUAUAGACAAAUGUUUUCCCUUUCAAUAAUCACUUACAACCCCCCACAGGCCUCUGUGUGUCCAGAGCUGGGGCUGAGACUCACACAUGCAGAGCGGAGAGGCAAACAGUGGACAUGCAAUUCAGCUGAAUCCUCGUAAAAUAACCCAGUGGGUUGUGUGUUGCUGUGUUUAUUUUUGCUUAAUGUUCUUAGUUUGCCGGACUGCCACUGCUCUCCGUCGCUCUCUGUCACUCCCAGUGAUUCAGGGAGAACGGGCCAACUUUGAAUUAUGUUUUUACAAACUGAAACCAACAAAUCCUGCAUAGCAUACCUAUAAUUUAGCACUUUAGAGUUGUUGUUUUUUUUUCAAAAUGACUUAGGUCUUCACUGAGUUGUCGUUUCUACUGCUGUAAUGCUCAUUAGAAAGAUUUAUACGGUAUGUGUGCAUUGUAAAAUAAAUGCUGAAUAUUUUAUAAUAAA